AUGGCCUCUCGGAAGAGAAAGGCACCUCGUGCUGCCGCAGCUGGCAGGCGUUCUGCGAGUCAAAUUAGCGAUGAAGAGUCGUCUCUCGCACCCGCACUCUUCACCAGGAAACAAAAGCGCCAGCGGGGAGAGACGUACGCGACAGCAACUGGUCAAGGUACCGAGUCCGCAACUGCCGAUACAGACGCUGGUGGCUCUAGUUCCGCUAGCACCGAUGGAGUGGAAGCUGGUCCUUCAACCGGCGACGGAACCGGUAAUCCCGAUAAUGGCACCAAGAGAGUGCUUGACACCAGCCUGCCGCCUAUCUCUAAUGUCCGCGAGAUGAUGGAGGACAUGGUCAAGCGCCUCGACCUCACUGCUCUUGAGAAGUCACACUUUAAGCUGAACGUGGCGACCGUCUGCUCCGGUACAGAGGCGCCCAUCUUCGCCCUGGAGCUAAUCCGCGAUGCCUUCCUAGCGAAAGGCUCCGGGUCUGUAUUCGACAUGCAGCAUCUUUUCAGCUGCGAGAUCGAACCGUACAAACAAGGCUUCAUUAACCGCAACCUCCCCCCCGGCACUCUCAUAUUCAGAGACGUUAUCGAAGUAGCCAUCGAAGCGUUGACAGGGGAAGCAACUACCGCCAGCGGCUCCAAAUCCGCGAUCCCAAAAGAACCACUGGACAUCCUAUUUGCCGGCUGCUCUUGUGUUGACUAUUCCAGCCUGAACACGAACAAGCCAUCUGGGCGCGUGCCGUCACUGGAUCGCCAUCUCAAACAGGAUUCAGAGAAGGAAACCGAGGAGGGUGGUAUCAACAAAGGGUCAGCGCCUGUCAAACUCAAUGAGGCCUUCGUCAACGAUUUAGACGCCGGUCUUGAAGAGCUUCGGACGCUUCAAUCGGGCGGAGAGUCUGCUAGGACUUUCUUCGCCACUAUCAAGCUCAUCACGGUCACUCGACCGAAGAUAGUCGUCCUGGAAAAUGUCGGAGGCGCGCCAUGGGACAUGUACACGGACCAGAUCUUCCCCAAGACUGGCUACGUCGCCGGCACAGUCUCGUUGGACAGCAAGCACUUCUACUUGCCCCAGACCCGCCAGCGAACCUAUCUUGUUGCCAUUGACGCCACCAACAUUGGCGUGGAGGCGGCCACAGCGAUUGUUAACAAAUAUAAAUCGAACAUCGAGGGCUGUAAAAGGCAAGCUUCGGCUCCCAUCUCGGCCUUCCUCCUCCCCAACGAUGACCCGGCCACCGUCCAAGCCAGAGCCGACAUGGAAAGCAGACCGUUGCACAACUCCGACUGGUCUUUCUCCUCACUUCGCCAUGCCGAUGCUCGCCAGAAUAAAAACCUCCGGCGGGACGACAACCCCGUCAGCAUGAAGAAUAUGCGCAACGGCAGGGUCAUCUUUUUGGUCCUCCCCCCGCAUUGCUGGCGAGGGUACUGGGAAGGCCAGGUCCCUAGAGUCAUCGACUUGAUGGACAUUAUUUUUGCUACCGCGCACCAGAAAUCCAUCGACUUGGGCUACAAGAUCAUCAUGAUCGAUGUGAGCCAGAACGUCGAUCGCAACGAGUUAUACGGCGCCACCGACCUCAGGGCUCGCGUAGAGAGCCACCUAGGCAUCGUCGGCUGCAUCACACCCAGCGGGAUGCCCGUCGUGACCCAUUUGAUGCGUCCUAUCACCGGGGCAGAGGCGCUGGGGCUACAGGGUCUCCCUAUUGGCGAAUUGGUCCUCUCGACAGAGACCGAGGCCGAGUUACGGGACCUGGCGGGGAACGCCAUGACAGUUCCCGUGGUUGGGGCCGUCACCCUGGCCCUUCUUGACGCCGUCGCCUCCGAGACGGACGGAGGUCCGGAACUGCUGCAGCGGACCCAGACGGUGCCAUCGAGCCGUGAUCUAUACCUAGAGACCCCUCAAGACGAGAUGUUGGAACCCGGCCGGGCAAAUCAGAUCACCACAUGCCUUGCACCGCUCCUUGCCGAGGUGAAGAACAUGGUACGCCGGUGCUACUGCCGAACGCGGCCGAGCGACAUCCUUGCCUGCCGCGAUUGCGGCGUCACGGCUUGCUCUGCUUGUCGCGGGAACCCGAGCCAUCGUUUCGAGACUAAGGCGGCCACAAAUUUGGAGUUCACUCCCGAAGAGGGCAAGGUCCGGCUCAGCGACAUGUUACCCAACGCUCUCCAGCUGGUUAUCCCGCCCUUCGUUCUCAACUGCGCCCUAGACUCCGUCAAGCAGCCAUUGUACCGCUCGGUUGCUCACAAAGUUUUGAACGAGGAGGGCGACCAUGACUAUUACUUUGAUGAGAUCAAGGUCACCGAGGUUGUGACCGUGUGCUACAAGGCUGCCAACAGCAUUGCUCGUCUUGUUCUCGCCCCUGAAGGACCUUGCAGUUGGUACAUCUAUGUCGCCCCCUGGCACCCCCAGCGCGCCGAUCUCCUCAGGGUAUUCGAUCUUGACCAGCCUAUCGCACGGGGACAGAUUGGUUCCGGCGACAUUUCCCUCCCUCAGUGGUCUGUCUGGGCUCACGGCCGCAUCGAUUUGGAGCUCGGGUUCACCAAUGCCCGGAACAACAACAUCGCCCCCAGUUCCUUGUCCUUCGCGCCCGAAUACCAGGAGGUGCCGACCCCAUCGCUGCAGGUGUGGAAGAAGUCGGUAGAGGCAAAGGUGUACGGUACCUACUUCCACCUUCCCAACUGCGGCACGGCGGGAAAUCGGCUACACGUUAAUCAAUCUUCGGCCAUACCUGCCAACAGUGUCUUCAUGAUGUGGGAUUCCGGGUACCUCCGCGAUCCGAAUGACGACCAUUUCGUGUGGACCGAUACUACGAGAAGGAUGGAGCCCCAUGAGUAUCGUGAGAUUCUACUUCACGCCCAGCCUACACGUACCUGGGAGGUUGAUCACGACAUCCACACGCCGAUGAGCGUGUUCUGGCCCGGAUAUUGGUCGUCCCCGUUCGAUCGCGUUGGCAACUCGGGCUUCUCCAAGUCAUUUCCCUCUCAGGAUCUCGGCCAGGUUCACUGGGGCCUCGCUCAAACUAUUCAACAGGCAUCUUGCCAUACUGACGGACAAGCUUCCGUCAUCCAUAUGCCCGCUCUUGCGACAAUUACCGCGGCCUUCCGCGAGUUUCCGGGAACAGCAGCGCAGCUUCUCAAGAUUAAUUCGUGCCCGACCGACGACAAGUUCUCUAUCAUCCCCGCCACAAGACGCGAGCCUUUCUUGAGAGCGUUCGCUUUUCUCUCCAACACUCUCCGCCGGUCUACCACGCCGGACGCCCUCACUUUGUUCCCGCACCUCGAGGGGAAAUGGGUUACCGUUUGCCCCUGCCGGGACUGCUCCGCGGCACCACCGGAGAUAACAGUCUACACAAAGAAAGAGAUGAAAGCGUCCAAGAAUAACGAUCUCAAGCUCACAAAGGCCAUCAUCGAAGACCCGGAUGAAGCUGCGCUGUUCGAGAGGCAGUACCUGGACCUCCCCAGGGCAGUGGCGGUCGCUGCCCGGUUCUUGCAGGGCAGUGAAGGAGAUGUCACCAUGAGCAUGAAGCUCCUAUUCCAGCCCAAGACUCUUGCAUCGAAAUGCCUCGCACACUUGGGGCAGGCGCAUCGCAACCCAGCGCGCGGUCGGAACGCGGUCAACUCGGACGCAGUGACAUCCUUCACGGUGGAGCUCGACUAUGCGUCUACCUCAAUGGCUGGCUUCGCACCAUUCGCCACCUUCGUCCAACCCUGUAGCGAGGAGAACACGGCCGGCAUCGACACUACGAGCGAGUACGAAUUGCCUGACGCGGCCCCCCCGCGUAUGACCGAGCGAGGUCACAAGCUUAGGUUGAGCCAGAAGGAAGCCGUCCACUGGAUGUUGAAACGUGAGCGAGCUCCCCUCGACUUCGUUAAGUCCGAAGUCGAGGAGGAGGUGGUCUCAGCGCUCAACCUGCGCGUGCUCGGCAAGGCUGAGUGGACCAACCACUUUCCGUUCAGUUCGCGUGGUGGUGUUAUCGCCCAUGAGAUCGGCUAUGGAAAGACUGUGGUCACCCUUGCUCUGAUCGACCAUAUGCGGAACUUCGACAAGAAGGAGUCCAUCGACGAGCGGAGAGAGAAAGUCGACGCCGCGUGGACAGAGGAGCUGUCUAGCCCCCUCGAGCCUGCUGAAGAAGGUGUUCUGCCGGACGUCAACCACCCAGCGCCGUCCUUCUUCUGCCACCUGUCUGCCACCCUUGUGGUUGUUCCCAGGCACAUCACAAGCCAGUGGUGCAACGAGACUCGGAAGUUCCUCGGUCUGGCCAGCCCUAAACUGAUCGUGAUCAACAGUACCCCCGAUUUCUACGGAAAGUACACUCUGGGCCAACUUGAAAAGGCGGAAAUCAUCAUCGUCAGCAGCGCGGUCUUCGGGCCUGCUUUUAUGAUGCGGCUGCAGGUGGUCUCCGGAAGAGGCGAGGAGUAUCCGGGCGGCCUGUCCGGACGGACUCUUGAGGCCUGGUACCGCGGAGCGCUGAAGAACCACAGGAUCCUCACCUCCCACUAUCUCGCUGGCCGUGAUGCCGACCGUUUCGACGACGAGCUCAUGGAGGCGAUCCACGGCGAGAUUCUGCCUGGCUUGAUCAAGAAGCAGCAGGCUGACGUCGAUGCCCUCGUCGAGAAGCAGGUGCCCGAGAUCGACCGUCAGCACUACAAGAAGAUGGGCAAGAGAGCCGGAGGACCCGCGGGCGCCACCGACGUCGGCGAGGAUGAGGAUGACGCCGGUCAAAACAAGAAGCAGCGCGGCGCCAGAAAGGGCAAGAACGCCAAGGACGAGGUGAAGGGUUCGUGGGCAAUCUCUUGGCUUCACAACUGCAGCUUCGCCCGUAUUGUUUGGGACGAAUGCUCUCGUUACGAAGACGGACCUAUUGGCCUCUUUGUUGCGAACGCCGUGGCCAACUCCAAGUGGCUAAUCUCCGGGACCCCCAAGCUCUUCAGCCUCGAGGAGGUCUGCAAGAUUGCCGCGGCGUUCGGCAUCCACGUCGCCCGUCCCGAGCCGCGGAUGAUGCCCGGCCUCCCGGCGGUGACGAGAGGGUUGAAACUGGAACCCAUGUCCAAGAGCGAGCAGUUCCACGUCUACUCCUCUGUCACCAAGUCGGCCGCGCUUGCCCACCACAGGCACGACCGCGCCGGCAUGUUCGUGGGUGUCCACUUGCGCGGCAAUCCCCUGGACCCCGAGAUCAACAUCGAGUUCAGGGAGCACAUCCUGCCCGUCGAGAUGUCGACAUCGGACGCAGUCCGUUACCACCUCAUCAACCAGGAAGUUCUCGACGCUGGCUCUGACUACACCGCCCUCCCUCCUCACGCUCGGGAGGUCGUGACCCUGAAAGGGUCAGACUUGUUCGGCAUGGAUGGAUCAGCCGCUGCCACCAUGCUCUUGGGCGUGCUCGCCUGUGGUCUUGGCCAGCCCCACGCCCUGACGCGAGCUGAUGAUUUUGUGAGCCGUAGCGCUAAACUUAGCGACCAGAUGAAGCUGCUCUGGGAUAAGAUGCUCUGGCUCCGGCGCUGGAUACUCCUGCUCAAACCCAAGCAGCCCAAACAGAGCGGAGAGGACCCGGUUGAGAACACCCUCAAGCGAGUCGAGACCCUGUGCGCCCACAUGAGCCAUGCAUUGUCGGGGGCGGGGAGCUUCGAGGAAUUUGGUGGCGCGGAAAUGUACCAGCGCGAGGCUACUGUCGUGGCAGGUCUGCAGAUCACAGAGGGACAGGUCGGGGCAAACGCUCGCCCAAACAUCAACUCCAUCCGUGCGCAGGUUGGGGAGCACUUUCGCCGGGACUGGGCGAACACCUACGACAUGGAGAAGGCACUGAACACCUGGGUUGACUUUUUUAAGGUCGAUAGCGAGGACCUGGAUUGCCUGGCCGAGAAACAACUUCUCCUACUCGCCAAAGACAUCUGCUGGCUCAAGUACAAGGUCAACGCGGAUGCAGCCCCCUUCAACGGCGGACGCAAGGACUUGCCACUGCUCCGGACUACGAUCGCCGCAAGCUCCCAGACCGGCCCCCGAACCAUCACCCGAACUAUCCCGACGGGUAUUGCCGCUCUGGCUGAGGGCGAUAUGCGCUACCUCUCCGGCCUAAACGAGGCCCAACUUCGGGAGUUCCUCCGAGUAUGCAUCGAGGCCAGACCGGAACCUCCAACAUGGGAGCGGGCCAAGCGGGAUUUCAAGCUGCCCGACCACCAAUCCAAGUCGCCAAAGACUUUUCUCCAAGAGUGCCUCACAGGCCACAACGUCAAGUUCACCACAGCCCACUCCAUCGACAAUCUCAAGGAGAGACUCUGGCGGCACGAGAAGGGGCUCGGAGUUCCCGAGCUCUACCGCGACGGCCGGGCGCCGCCCGACAAGUACCGGGACUUGGAGGGGGCGACCUCGUGCAGCGGGAGCGAGGUGGCCCAGGUGUUGGCUACCAACGAGGAGCUGAAGCGGACCAUGGUCCAUCUCGCCAAGACGGUCGAGGACUUGAGGGCGACGAGGCUUGAGGCCAAUUUCCUUCCCGGAUACACCUCGUUGGCCGGCGCUGUGGACAAGGAUCGCGCCGUGAGGGAGAAGACGUGUAGUAGCUGCUCGCAGCCUCUCACGUUGGCGUCGGAGUCAUUCCUAGUCGUGGGUUGCGGUCAUUUCCUGUGCAGCAGAUGCAAAUCCGCGGGGAAGUUUUACUGUCCGGUCCUGGACUGCCAGGCUUUCAUCCACAAACGCCCGGUCCUCCAAUGCUCCCAAAUCCCGCCACUCCCAGAAGGCGAACCUCGGGCGAAAGCCAACAGCGUCGCCGAGCUCAUCAAGAACGGCAUCCCGAGCGAGGACUUUGUCCUCGUCUUCGCCCAAUACCGGCCGGUGAUCGAAGCGCUCGCGGUGGCGUUCGAGGGCGCCGAGCUCCAAUUCCUGAACCUCGCGGCCACCAAGGACGACGCCAUCUCCUCGAAGCUCGAGGAGUUCAAGGCCGGCAAGGCCGGCCAGGUGCUGCUGCUCGACAUGGACAGCGAGACGAGCGCCGGCAGCAACCUGACGAUCGCCAACCACGUCAUCUUUGCCAACCCCUAUGUGCACCGCGACCAGGAGCACCAGGCCAGGACGGUUCGGCAGGCCAGGGGUCGCUGCAUCCGCACCCCGCAGGCCAAGGAGGUGCAGGUGUACCACUUCCUGGCCCGCGGCACGAUCGAGGAGCAGAUGCUGCGCAAGUACAGCAAGGACAGCCCGGCGGUGGAGGCGUUCUUUGCGGAUUUCACUCGCCCGUGGUGGCUGGAGGAGUGAGGAAUUGAGAAGGACGGGUUUCUGGGCGUGGAGAGGGGGGGUUUUGCGGAUUUCACUCGCCCGUG